CAUCCUGUCCACAUGGCUGUUGUGUUCUACCCAAGGUGGCUACAUUUUCGCAAGUGGGUGUGCAAUCCCGGCAUGUAUCCUAGCUAUAAAAUGCUCUAAAAUGCUUCAGAGUGAAUAGAAAGAGAAAAGUCAUUAUGAUUCCUUUGCAGAUAGCCCCUGUCCUGGAUGCCCUGACCAGUGGUUUGGUUACAGGAACAGCUGUUACUUCUUCUCCAAGAUGAAAAAGGAUUGGAAUUCUAGCCAGGCAACCUGUUCUGCAGAAGGAUCACAUCUCCUGGUGAUCAGUGAUGCCAAGAAAAUGGACCUGUUCUUGGGAAUGCACAUAAAUUACCACUGGAUUGGUCUGAGGAACAGCACAGGCAGUGGCUGGACCUGGGAAGACGGCUCAAAACUCAACAAUACAAAGGUCAUCUCUAACAGCCCCGUGCAGCACUGUGGCGUCCUGGUGAGGGGUGCCCUCCAGGCCUCCAGCUGUGCAGCUGAUUUACCAUGGAUCUGUGAGAAAUCCCCCAAGUAACCUCCUCCUGCACUUUCCCACAGAAUAGUCUUCACUCACACUCAGCCAAUGGAUCUGGACCCCAACAGCGCAUCCAGACCUGCCUAAUCCUUGUUCCCAGUGGGGCAGGCGGGUGCUGCUCCUAGUAGGAGGUUUGUGUCACCAUUGCCCUCUGUUGAAAUUGCACAGCCAUGUAGGAGACUGAAAUCUGAUUCAUGGACUUUCAGCUCCCUGAGGCUGGAGCUCUGAGAGUGAGUUCUGUGCAAAAAACCUAGAUCCAUUUGCAGUCCUCAUCUUUCAGGGCUGGGAGCAUAGCAGAGACCUGCUGACGUUAUCUUUGUUGCCAUGGAAAAGACCUGAGUAUGAUUCCCAAUCUUAGUCUUUCUCACUCUGCCCCAGUGCCUAGGUUAUUAGUGUGACAGCGGCUGGGCUCAGUGACCCCUUAGGGAUACACUUCUGUGUUGCUGAGCAGAUGCUAGACUUUAUUUUCAGUCCAUGUUUCUCAUUUCUUUGGCACCAGGAAUGCUGCAGAAGCUGGGCCUUCUGCCCCUACUGAAUUGUUCUCUACUUGCUGUGCAGUAAACUGGCUUCAGUUCCGCUCCCAAAAUCUGUGUCUCAUUUGUGCCCCAAGACCAGGAGUGCUGUGAAGGGAACAGAGGAAGAUUAAAUGAGACUGGGUGACCUUUGUCAGCCCAGAAAUGAAAGUAAACUUCUAACUCCAAUAGCUGAGGUGACGCGUCGGGGGUGGGGGUGGGGUGGGCAUGCAGGAUCAAGUGCCCCUCCAGCAGCUGCCCGAGCGGGGCAGGGCCAGAGCCGGAGCAGAAGGGGCUGGGCUAGAGCCUCUUCUGGUCACGGUGGGAUGCUGCCCAGUGCAGCGCAGCAGCUAACUGGAAGAGCGCCUGGCUGUGGAAGCGGUGGGCUGCCCCUGCCCAGGCUUGGCUUCUGGGGACAGCGACCGAGUGAACCGGAGCCCCCCACCCCUCAGCAUGUUUGACCACUGUCCCCGGAAGCCAAAGCCGGGGAAGGAAGCGGGCAGGGAGCGCAGGGGCCCCCGGGCUGGGGGAGGGGAGGAAACAUGUGGAGGUCACGUGUCGUCCCCUUUAGCUCAUGUCCCCUAGUGUGGGGAGGCACCAGUCUGUCCAAUAGUGUAAUGAACCAGGCAGUCUGUGUCUGUAUCACCACUGUCCUCUUUUGGAGCAAAUCAGAACUGUUUAGCAAUGUAUGAGAUUUGGAAGGAUUCGACUUUUAUUGGUAAAUGUUGAUUUCACUGUACACACAAACUGAUGAAAAAAAUAUUUCCAUUGAUAAUCAAAAUGU